AUGGAUAUAUCUGCUUUUAUUCAAUGCUCUGGUUGCGGCUCGUACAGGCACAGACAAGACUACGUUGGUAGAACUCAAACAUACAACACCUGUACCUGCUGCCGAUAUAGACAGACUCCUCCUCGCCUUGCGCCUUCUAUGGACUCGAUGAUAUCCAUGGAUAGCUUGGAUAUACAUUAUGCUACAGAGCACAUUAGCAAUAACGGACCAGUAAAGUUCGAUUGGGAUAUUGCAAUGAGUGAAGAAGUUAUAGAAAAUUAUACGGAUGAUCAGAUCAUUGAGGAGGUGAUACAUCGGUUUGAAGAAAUUUCAGGGUAUCAUUUUGCUUUAAAGAAGACUGGUGAUCCUGUCCUGCGGCAAUCCAUUUCUUUUCACGCAUACUGUGUCCAAGACCAGACAAUACAACGGCAAUUACCAGAAGAACUCCAACAGCGUUUAACCUGCCGGAUGAACACAUAUAACUGCAAAGGGAAAGUUACUGGAUUUUUCGAUAGGGAGCAGUUAUGGGUUCAUGUGACGUACAAUCAUCGUCUUCAGCAUCAGUGCUCUGUUUUUACUGAAAGAAACGAGACACCGUUGGCAAUUAGGGAAUACAUCGAACGACAUGCUCUCAACUUGGAUUCUGCCCAUCUUUUCCGGAACAUACGUCAAGAGUUUGGUGGAGCGCUAUGA